UCUCAUUUUAUCCCUCUCCUUAAAUUCCCACCUCCUCCACCCACGCAGAAAGAAAGAAAGAAAAAAGAAAGCUACCCCAUUAAGCAUUUUCUCUCCACUAGCUAAGAGCUACAGAGAGAUAUGGCUCAAGAAUGCAGUGAGAGCUCUGUGGCUAUCUCUUCCUCUACGCCUUUUGCUGCUGUUGCUGGCUGGUGGGAUCUUCACCAUGCAAGCUCUCUCCCUCCAUGGACUAAUAAUAGUAAUCUUUCCGCUACUACCUGCAGCCCAUGGCACCAGCAGCAACCAAACCCUAGUUCCAACUCCUCUUGUGAAGAGGAUGUUUCCAUGUCUACAUCCUUUACUAAUGCUUCUAAUCACUCCGGCCUAACUGUUGAGUCCUCUCGCCGACUCGUUGAGCCUGCUGCUUCUUCUCCCACCGAGUUCAUGGGAGAACAUGCUUCUGAUAGUCAACUAUGGAGUCAUAUUCUUUUAGGCGUUGGAAGCAAUGGUGAGCUACACAACAUACAAGAUGUUGGAGAAAACUUACUUGAUGCACUAUCAUCCAAAAGCAUCUCAUCUGGGAUAUUCGAACCUGCAUGUGACUACUUGAAGAAAAUGGACGACAACAACUGGGAAUUCACAAACUCUUCUUCCAUUAACAACUUGGAUCAUAAGCAUAUAAACGGUUUUAGCACUGAUCAUUUGAGCUUGGUCGAAAGUGAAAGGGUGACUAAGCUAUCCAACUUGGUAAGCAACUGGACUAUUGCUCCGCCGGAUCCAGGAGUACUAGUUAGCCGCGAGACUAUCGAUCCAAUAACAUGCAACAUAUCAUUGAGUUCUUCUGCAAAUCACUACUCGCAGCCACAAACUUACAGUAAUUCUGCGUCGUGUGAGACGGAAGUGAAUAGAAAAUCUGGUUUUUUAUCGUGUUACGAUGGCCAUGAUCUAAAGCUAGAAAAUGAACAUUGCCAGGUUGAAGCACCUAGUUAUAUCUUUAGAAGGUCAUUUAAUAAUGGUAAUGGUGUUGGAUAUAAUAUUGGCCUUAGUAGCGGCUUGGUGGUGGCUGAUAACAGCAAACACUAUUAUGGAAUGCCGGAUAACACAUGCACAAGUGCAAGAAAUUUCACUGAUGGUAUAGCUUGUAAUGGUCGAUUUAACAAGCCAUCGAUCGAUAUUGAAGGGCAUAAAUACUGCUUUAAAUCCUUGAAUUUAUCUGAUAGCAGAAAGCAGAAGACGGGAAGAGGCCAAGGGAAUACAAGUGAAGGAAAGAAGAAAAGAUCCGAUGACAAGUCGGAGAUGGUCCUCAAAAAGCCUAAGCAUGAGAGCUCUACAGUUUCAUCCGCAAAGAUGCAGGUACCAAAAGUCAAGCUUGGGGACAGAAUCACUGCCCUUCAACAAAUUGUGUCGCCAUUUGGAAAGACUGAUACAGCCUCAGUGCUACUAGAAGCAAUUCAGUAUAUAAAGUUCCUGCAAGAGCAAGUGCAGCUAUUGAGUAGUCCUUACAUGAAGAACAAUUCACGCAAGGAUCCAUGGGGAGUCUUGGAAAAGAAAGACGAGGGAGAUGUAAAAGUUGAUCUCAGGAGCAGGGGUCUUUGUUUAGUUCCUACUUCAUGUACCCCUCAAAUUUACCAUGAGAACACAGGAUCAGAUUACUGGACACCGACAUAUAGAUCAGGAUGCCUGUAUAGAUUAAAUAAUUACUGAGUCCAUGAUGUGUUUUUUGUUAGUUUCUACAAAUGUAACUUGAUCAGAAGUGAUCGACAAGUUGCUCAAGAAUUAUUAUUAUUAUGAAAAAAAUGGCAAGAACUUUAGAUAAGUGAUUUGUUUAACA